AUGACGGCCGUAGCAAUGCAGCAGCCGGCUAUGGGCCCACGUCCUGUUGUCUCUAUAGCACCAGCUCGUCCUCGCACGAUACAGAAGUCACCAUCCAGCAAAGAGAGCUUGAGCAAGCCCACGUCCAACAACGGUCCAGUAUCUAACAUCCGCUCACGGAGGGAACGCCCUUGUGACGCGUGCCGAAGGAGGAAGAGCCGCUGUGUGAUACACGAGGGCGCUGCCUUGUGUGUCUUGUGCGAGUUCCACAAGCAGGAGUGUACCUUCGUACAAAGCCCACUGCCGCGAAAGAGGAAGGUCGUCGACGGUGAGAAGAAAGACUCGCCAAACAACACCAAGAAGAGAUCCGUCGACUCAGAUCCUCCGCCACUAGCACUAUCAACACCGACCAUCACAGCAACUGCGCCAAGUCCACCACCACCGCAACCCUCAUUAUCUCAAAUAGCGAGUCUUCACUUGCCUCAAUUUGGAGAGACAUUAGGGCUGCAACGACGCCAACAUAGCAGAUACAUCGGUCUGAGUUCUCCAUUCGAUUCGCUGCUCAUUGGCCUAUCACAGUUCGACACCCGUAACGAGUCGACCUUCGACCUUGGUACGCUUCGACGUGUGAAUGAUCAUGAAUGUUUCAUCAUGCUACCUGACGAGAACACACAAGACUUCGCCGGCGAGUCUGAGGCGUUGGGUCAGGUUGAGCAGCUUGUGCACCCACACGGCCCUGCUUUACUAGAUCUAUACUUCCAAGUAGUACAUCCCAACUACCCCAUCAUCCAGAAACAUCUGUUUGUUGAGCGAUAUCGCAGAGGCGAUCGAGGCUUUUCACCGGCCUUGUUGGCUGGUAUGUACAUCCUGGCGCUCAACUGGUGGUCUCUCGACCCCAAGCUAGCAAACUACUCCAGACCUGAUGCAACGCGGCUGGAAGCAAUUGCUAUGAAGGCGCUCACACUGGGUAUGGAGCGCCCCAAACUGUCAACGAUACAAGCGGGCUUGUUGUUGUUGCAACGUCCUGAAGCGGACUCUUGGAGCUUGACAACACAGCUGGUGGCUAUUGGUCAAGAACUAGGUCUGCAUCUCGACUGCUCAUCGUGGUCAGUUCCUCUCUGGGAGCGUGGCUUGAGGAAGCGCAUCGCAUGGGCGUUGUACAUGCAAGACAAGUGGAGCUCGCUCAUUCAUGGCCGGCCAUCGCACAUCUUCAAUGCCAACUGGGCAGUGAAGCCUAUCACAGAAGACGAUUUUGUUGAAGAAGGAGAUGGGUACGAGACUCGCCAGGAAGAGACAGAGGAGGAGCAGAUAGAGAGCCACCGAGGCCGGAUACUGUUUGCCCAGAUGAUCGGGCUCACGCAGAUCAUGGCCGAGGUCAUGGACACAUUUUACACCCAAACGGCGAUCCACGACUUUGCCGAUGCAGGGAGAAAGUCGACCGAGCUGAUCCUCGCACGAGCUAAGCCUGUGCAAAUCAAGCUCCGUCAAUGGCACGAGAAGCUACCCGCCGAGGUGAAGAUGAACGUUCCCGAGAAGGGCAAGCUCACUUCGACGGGGUAUCUGCAUCUUGCGUACUUUGCGACGGAGAUUACGCUGCACAGGCGCAUAGUGCAGUCGCUCGACUCCACCAACCCCGACUCUUACGGCCUCUUUAUGUGCCGCAACGCCGCGAAGACGCGGCUGAUCUCUGCUAUGGACUUUGUGAACCGUCUGAAGCCAGAACACCUGCAGGGCUUCUGGUACUUUGCUUCCAAAGUCAACUUUACCCUCAUUGGCACCUUUGGGUCGCUGUUGUGGGCUACAGCACCCGCCAAGGAGGAAGCCGAGUUCUACAAGCUCAGGCUAUGCGAGUACCGCUGGACGCUUUCCGUCUCUUCCAAGCGAGCGGACUUCCUCGAGUACGCCGUAUCGAUGUUGGACGCAAGUCGCGCCAUGCUUAACAAUCUGGCGGAGAAGCCCAGCCUCGCAGAACAAAUCAGCAGUGCUGGCGUUCCUCCCGCGGCGCCCCCGCGGCAAUACAGUUCUUUUGCCAAUAUGGGACCGCCGCAGAACCCGAAUGGGGCGGGCCGGUACGAGAUGGAAGAUGUCGACAUGGGCGACGACAACGAUCUGAGAAGGAUGUCAUCAGGUGAAAGCUUCGAGGGUUUUAAUGAUGGAUCCCAAUACGGCAGUCGGCCGCAUACAGCUGGUAACUCACCUCGCUCAAUGUGA